AUGUACCAAUGUCAUUUAAAAACUGACUUUAAGUCAAUAGUUUUUUUAGUCGAGUCAUUCUUAAAUUACAGUGUUCAAACAGAAAGUCAACAUUAUCCAAUACAAACUGCUUAUUCAAGUCUUAUUGAAUUAAAUGGAAUUCCAGAUGAUGAAAGAAAAGAAAUGGCAGAAUUAUUUAUUCAAAGAAAUGUAAUUCAAUAUGACCAUAGUAAAUUAAAAGAUAAAUCUUUGGUAACUAAAGAUAAAUUAUUAGAAGCUCAAGAAGAAACUAAAACAAUUGUUCCAAAUAGUUUUAUUUCUAAAACAAUAAAAUUAAAUCCAGAAGAAACAACUAAUUUUAUUCAGUGGUGUAAUGAUAAUAAUCUUUCAAUACAAGCUACUCUUCUUGCAAUACAAUUGAAAACAUAUGACCAUUUAUUUAAUAAACAAAAUAAACAAGCUACAACCAUUGCUUUUAUGAUUCCUUAUGAUAUUAGAAAAUUUUUACCUAAAAUUCAAAAAGAGUCAAUUGGCUGUUUUUAUGAAAAUAUUUAUCCAUCAUAUCCUUAUAAUUUUCUUCAAUUAUCAAUUAAAGAAAUGGCAGAACAAAUUACUCAAUACAUUAAAAAUAUUGAUGAAAUUAAUCAUCCAUUUUUUGAUAGAUUUAGAGAUGCAGUGUAUUGUGGAAACACUAAUUUAUUAAUGCUUCCAUAUACAACAACAUUAUCUACUAUUGAUUCAUUUAUAGUAAUGGAAAGACUUCAUCCAUUAAUUAAAAAAGAUUUUGUAGAUUUUCAUAUAUCAAAUUGUAAAAGAAUAGAUUGUAACAAAGAAAUGAAAGAAUUAAUGGUAUAUAGUUAUUUUCUUUUUGAUGGAACAUGUAAUAUUUCAUUAUCAUAUAAAUAUUCAAUAAUACCAUCAAUAAUUUCUGAAGAAGUAUUAAAAGAAAUGUAUUCAAUAAUAAUUGCUCUUUAA